GGUCGCGAGUGAAAGAAGCGCCGCGAGUCUUCAGAGCGAACGCGCAGCCCGGCGCCGAGGGCUGGGAGCAGCUCCGGGUCCGCGCGAGCAGAGGAGGCCGGGCUUGGGCUUGCUCCCCCGUCAGACCCCACCCCAGCCGGCCGACCCCACCCCCUGCUCCUUCCUCCCGGGGCGCGCUCUCGGGUGCGCGCUCGGAAGUCGGGGGUCGGUGGAGUGCGGGCUGCGCGCCGGGAGGGAGCAGGAGGCGGAGGCGGCGCGGCUCGGGUCUGCAGCGCGGUCCUCACUAGGGGCGCCCACCGCCGGCUGUCCGCGCUAGCGCCCAGCCUCGGGCCCCAGCUGAGCCGGGCGGCCUCGGAGCACGGCUGGCCCUGCGGCCCCGGGGACGGCUGUGGCCGCUGCUGGUCGUGCUGGCGGCCGCCGCGGCGGGCUGUGCCCGGGCGGCCAUGGACGAAUGCGCGGACGAGGGCGGCCGGCCGCAGCGCUGCAUGCCCGAGUUCGUCAACGCCGCCUUCAACGUGACCGUGGUGGCCACCAACACGUGUGGGACUCCGCCCGAGGAGUACUGUGUGCAGACCGGGGUGACCGGGGUCACCAAGUCCUGUCACCUGUGCGACGCCGGGCAGCCCCACCUGCAGCACGGGGCAGCCUUCCUGACCGACUACAAUAACCAGGCCGACACCACCUGGUGGCAGAGCCAGACCAUGCUGGCCGGGGUGCAGUACCCCAACUCCAUCAACCUCACGCUGCACCUGGGAAAGGCUUUUGACAUCACUUAUGUGCGUCUAAAGUUUCACACCAGCCGCCCAGAGAGCUUCGCCAUUUAUAAGCGCACUCGGGAGGAUGGGCCAUGGAUUCCUUACCAAUACUACAGUGGCUCCUGCGAGAACACCUACUUGAAGGCCAAUCGUGGCUUCAUCAGGACAGGAGGGGAUGAGCAGCAGGCCUUGUGUACAGAUGAAUUCAGUGACAUUUCUCCCCUCACAGGGGGCAACGUGGCCUUUUCAACCCUGGAAGGAAGGCCCAGUGCCUACAACUUUGACAAUAGCCCUGUGCUGCAGGAAUGGGUAACUGCUACUGACAUCAGAGUAACACUGUAUCGCCUAAACACUUUUGGAGAUGAAGUGUUUAAUGACCCCAAAGUUCUCAAGUCCUAUUAUUAUGCAAUCUCUGAUUUUGCUGUAGGUGGCAGGUGUAAAUGUAAUGGACAUGCCAGUGAGUGUGUGAAGAAUGAAUUCAACAAGUUGGUAUGUAAUUGCAAGCAUAACACAUAUGGAGUUGACUGUGAAAAGUGCCUGCCUUUCUUCAAUGACCGACCGUGGAGGAGGGCAACUGCCGAAAGUGCCAGUGAAUGCCUGCCCUGUGACUGCAAUGGCCGAUCACAAGAAUGCUACUUUGACCCUGAGCUGUACCGUUCCACUGGCCAUGGUGGCCAUUGUACCAACUGCCAAGAUAACACCGAUGGCGCCAAAUGUGAGCGGUGCCAGGAGAACUUCUUCCGUCUUGGGAACACUGAAGCCUGCUCUCCAUGUCACUGUAGUCCUGUUGGCUCUCUCAGCACACAGUGUGACAGUUAUGGCAGAUGCAGCUGUAAGCCAGGAGUGAUGGGUGACAAGUGUGACCGUUGCCAGCCUGGAUUCCAUUCCCUCACUGAGGCAGGAUGCAGGCCAUGCUCCUGUAAUCCUUCCGGUAGCACAGAUGAAUGUAAUGUUGAAACGGGAAGAUGUGUUUGCAAAGACCAUGUUGAAGGCUUCAGUUGUGAGAGGUGCAAACCUGGAUUUUUUAAUCUGGAAUCAGCUAAUCCUAGGGGUUGCACACCCUGCUUCUGCUUUGGGCAUUCUUCCGUCUGCACAAAUGCUGUUGGCUACAGUGUUUAUGAUGUCUCUUCUACCUUUCAGAUUGAUGAGGAAGGGUGGCGUGUGGAGCAGAGAGAUGGCUCAGAAGCGUCUCUCGAGUGGUCCUCUGAGAGGCAAGACAUUGCUGUGAUCUCAGAUAGCUACUUUCCGAGGUACUUCGUCGCGCCUGCAAAGUUCUUGGGCAACCAGGUAUUGAGCUACGGGCAGAACCUCUCCUUCUCCUUCCGAGUGGACAGGCGGGACACUCGCCUCUCUGCAGAAGAUCUUGUACUUGAGGGAGCCGGCUUGAGAGUGUCUGUGCCCUUAAUUGCUCAGGGAAAUUCCUAUCCUAGUGAGACCACUGGGAAGUACAUCUUCAGACUCCAUGAAGCAACAGAUUACCCUUGGAGGCCUACUCUUUCCCCUUUUGAAUUUCAGAAGCUUCUAAACAAUUUGACUUCUAUCAAGAUCCGUGGGACAUACAGUGAAAGAAGUGCUGGAUAUUUAGAUGAUGUCACCUUGACAAGUGCUCGUCCUGGGCCUGGGGUCCCUGCAACUUGGGUGGAGUCCUGCACCUGUCCAAUGGGAUAUGGAGGACAGUUCUGUGAGACAUGCCUCUCAGGCUACAGAAGAGAAACUCCAAGUCUUGGACCUUAUAGUCCGUGUGUGCUCUGUACCUGCAACGGACACAGUGAGACCUGUGACCCUGAGACAGGUGUCUGUAACUGCAGAGACAAUACAGCUGGCCCCCACUGUGAGAAGUGUAGCGACGGGUACUAUGGAGAUUCAACCCUGGGCACCUCUUCCGACUGCCAACCUUGUCCGUGUCCUGGGGGUUCAAGUUGUGCUGUAGUCCCCAAGACAACAGAGGUGGUGUGUACCAACUGUCCAACUGGCACCACUGGCAAGAGGUGUGAGCUCUGUGAUGACGGCUACUUUGGAGACCCUCUGGGAAGAAACGGGCCUGUGAGGCUGUGCCGCCUGUGCCAGUGCAAUGACAACAUUGACCCCAACGCAGUGGGCAAUUGCAACCGCUUGACAGGAGAGUGCCUGAAGUGCAUCUAUAACACUGCUGGCUUCUACUGUGACCGCUGCAAAGAAGGAUUUUUUGGAAAUCCCCUGGCUCCUAGUCCAGCAGACAAAUGCAAAGCCUGUGCUUGCAAUUCAUAUGGGACGGUGAAGCAGCAGAGCAACUGUAACCCUGUGACAGGGCAGUGUGAGUGCCUGCCUCACGUGUCUGGCCGGGACUGUGGUGCUUGUGACCCUGGCUUCUACAACCUGCAGAGCGGGCAAGGCUGUGAGAGAUGUGACUGCCAUGCUUUGGGUUCCACCAAUGGACAGUGUGACAUACGCACCGGUCAGUGUGAAUGCCAGCCUGGCGUCACCGGUCAGCACUGUGAACGCUGUGAGGCCAACCAUUUUGGGUUUGGACCUGAAGGCUGCAAACCUUGUGACUGUCACCACGAGGGGUCCAUUUCACUCCAGUGCAAAAAUGAUGGUCAUUGUGAAUGCAGGGAAGGCUUUGUGGGAAGUCGCUGUGACCAGUGUGAAGAGAACUAUUUCUACAAUCGGUCUUGGCCUGGCUGCCAGGAGUGUCCAGCUUGUUACCGGCUGGUAAAGGAUAAGGUUGCUGAACAUCGAGUGAAACUACAGGAGUUAGAGAGUCUCAUAUCAAACCUUGGGACUGGGGACGAGAUGGUGACAGAUCAAGCGUUUGAGGACAGACUGAAGGAGGCAGAGAGAGAGGUUACUGAGCUCCUUCGUGAGGCUCAGGAUGUCAAAGAUGUAGACCAAAAUUUGAUGGAUCGCCUUCAGAGAGUGAAUAACACUUUGCAUAGCCAAAUUAGCCGGUUACAGAAUAUCCGUAAUACCAUUGAAGAGACCGGCAACUUGGCUGAACAAGCUCGUUCCCGAGUUCAAAGCACAGAGCAGCUGAUCGAGAUUGCCUCCAGAGAACUCGAGAAAGCCAAAAUGGCUGCUGCCAAUGUGUCAAUCACUCAGCCAGAGUCUGUGGGGGAACCAAACAACAUGACUCUCUUGGCAGAAGAGGCCCGAAGGCUCGCUGAGCGCCAUAAACAAGAAGCCGAUGACAUUGUACGAGUAGCCAAGACGGCCAACGAAACAUCAGCAGAAGCAUAUAAUCUGCUUUUGAGGACCCUGGCAGGGGAAAACCAAACAGCAUUUGAGAUUGAAGAACUGAAUAGGAAGUAUGAACAAGCAAAGAACAUCUCCCAGGAUUUGGAGAAGCAGGCUGCUAGAGUCCAUGAGGAAGCCAAGCGGGCAGGUGACAAAGCAGUGGAGAUUUAUGCCAGUGUAGCCCAGCUGACCCCUGUGGACUCUGAGGCCCUGGAGAAUGAAGCAAAUAAAAUCAAGAAAGAAGCUGCAGAUCUGGACCGUCUGAUUGACCAGAAAUUAAAGGAUUAUGAGGACCUCAGAGAAGACAUGAGAGGGAAGGAACUUGAAGUAAAGAAUCUUCUAGAGAAAGGAAAAGCUGAGCAGCAGACUGCUGACCAGCUCCUAGCCCGAGCCGAUGCUGCCAAGGCUCUUGCUGAAGAAGCUGCUAAAAGGGGGCGGAAUACCCUACAGGAAGCCAAUGACAUUCUCAACAACCUCAAAGAUUUUGAUAGACGUGUGAAUGAUAACAAGACAGCUGCAGAAGAAGCUCUGAGGAGGAUUCCUGCCAUCAAUCGGACCAUAGCUGAAGCCAAUGAAAAGACAAGGGAGGCACAGCUGGCCCUGGGCAAUGCUGCAGCUGAUGCCACAGAGGCCAAGAACAAAGCCCAUGAGGCAGAGAGGAUUGCCAGCGCCAUCCAGCAGAAUGCUACCAGCACCAAGGCAGAUGCUGAAAGAACCUUCGCAGAAGUUGCAGGUCUGGAUGAUGAGGUGAGCGGUAUGUUGAGGCAACUAGAGGAAGCAGAGAGUGAGCUGAAGAGGAAACAGAAUGAUGCUGACCAGGACAUGAUGAUGGCAGGGAUGGCUUCACAGGCUGCUCAGGAAGCCGAGAUCAAUGCCAGAAAAGCCAAAAACUCUGUUAACAGCCUCCUCAACCAGAUUAAUGACCUCUUGGUGCAGCUGGGACAGCUGGAUACAGUGGACUUGAACAAGCUAAAUGAGAUUGAAGGCACCCUGAACAAAGCCAAAGAUGAAAUGAAGGUCAGUGAUCUCGACAGGAAAGUGUCUGACCUGGAGAAUGAAGCCCGCAAGCAGGAGGCGGCCAUCAUGGACUAUAACCGAGACAUCGAGGAAAUCAUGAAGGACAUUCACAAUCUAGAGGACAUCAGGAAGACCCUACCAUCUGGCUGCUUCAACACCCCGUCCAUUGAAAAGCCCUAGUGACGGGAGGGCUGGAAGGCAGUGUCCCCUGGCUGGGGAACAUUUGUGAGGCCACAGAGUGCCUUGAUACAAAGAUUACAUUUUCAGACCCCCACUUCUCUGCUGCUCUCCAUCACUGUCCCUUUGAACCAAGAAAAGUCACAGAGUUUAAAGAGAAGCCAAUUAAACAUCCUGAACCAGGAACAAAGGGUUUCGCCUAAUAAAGUCUCUUUUCCACUCAUGUUGCUACCUUACCCGAACUUUCCCUCCUCACUGUCCUGACAUGGCAUCCUCCAGUGGCAUACAUGUAUCAUGUGAACCUUUGCAUGCCAUGGCAGACCAAGCAACCCUCCCCUCACACCGAUACCAGCAGAACCUCCUCAGUCUCAGUACUCAUGUUUCUAUGAAGGAAAUAUUUGGCUCCUAACUGUAGCAUUGAGGUGGCCAGUAUGUCCAGUCCAUGGAUACAGAAAAUGCCUCUGCGUCUUCUGCCCUCCUGCUUUUAAGAAAAAGGAAAUAAACAUCCUGUGCCAAAGGUAUUGGUCAUUUAGAAUGUUGGUAGCCAUUCACCAGUUGUGCUAGCUGUUUUGAGUGUAGGAUGCUGAGCUAUCUCAGCUAAGGAUGCAAUUAUGUAUGAGUCUCCAGGAAAACGUGGCUCAAAGAGGCUGAAGAUUUUCUCCUAUAUUAAUAUAACAACUGACUAGGAAGAUAAACUUUUUUCAACUCCUUAGGCAGCUGAUAAUACAAAUCCAGAUGGGCAGCUUGUAUUUACCACUAGACUAGUUAACAUCUUUGGAUAUUCUUAUAAAUGGGGCUUAAUACAGAAGAAACAGGGGUAUGAUAACCACUAAAGUUUUUUCCCAAGUCAAAUUCUUAGAGCUUUGUUAGUAUGUUAGUCUUGAAUAUCUGUCAGAUAGUUAAGAUAUCUGUCAAAACAGUUGGUCUCUAAGAUCUUGGCCAAAAAAAAAGAAAAACAUAGUUCCUUGUCUCCCAGUCUUUUCUAGAAAAGGGAUGAAACUGGGAUGUGACUUACGUCACUAGGAUUCCAUAUAUGCAUUUAUUUCUUGAUUGGAGAGAGAUGAAACAUUUUCCCUUAGCUCUGGUUCUCUUCUUAUGUUUCCAUUUUUCUGGAACACCUCACAGUACAUCACUGUUUGCCAGAUCCUGGUGGCAGAUGCCAGCACUCAGUAUUUCACAAGCUGCCCACACUGUCUGGUUCCUGCAUUUUGUGACCCAACCUGCUGUAAGACUUUUCUCUACACGAAGAGGGAAGAACCUUACGUGGAUAUUCCUAGUGAGCUUCUCAACCUUUGAUCCUCAGCUCUGUGGUUUUCUUAAGACCACAGUGUGACAGUUCCCAGUCACACUCCCCUUCCUACCUACCUGCCUUUGAGAUUCAUAUAUAGCCUUUAACACUAUGCAAUUUUGUACUCUGUGUAGCGGGGGAAAGAAACUAUUAUCUGACACACUGGUGCUAUUAAUUAUUUCAAAUUUAUAUUUUUGUGUGAAUGUUUUUUUUUGUUUAUCGUGAUUAUAGAGUAAGGAAUUUAUGUAAAUAUACCUGGCCCUCCUAGAAUGGCUCUGUCUGUUCACUUCUUUGCUCAUUUUCUCCUCACUGGCACAGUGACUCUGUACAACUUCUUCCCUUCCCACCCUUUCUUCCAAUCAUACCUGUUCCCCAUUUCUUUGCUCCAACUCUGCCUCGUGUUUGCAGCAUCUCCAUUGUCUGACCUUAAUACCCACCUGCUCACUUCCACACCCAGACUGAAGAGGUAACUUGGGCCCUCUUCACUGUAGCCCUCACCAUCUGAGCUGCAGCGCCAUGCUGCUCUCAAUGCCUGCCCCAGAACAGAUACCAGGCUGACAGGGUAAGAUAGUCAGGAAAGUUCGCUGAUGGGAAUCUUCUACACCUUUCUAGUAAUGUCCUUUCUAUUCAUUCUCUAAUUUGGAUGUGUCAGUUUAAGGGAGCGAUGAUGACUGAGCACUUUAGGGCAUCAGGAAUAGUGCUACUGAUGGGUUCAUGGGAGAGGCUUUCUGCUCAGGUCUUGAUCCUCUUUCCUCUUUCCUUGGGGUGCACAGAGAUUGCCAUAAAUGCUUGGCUCAGCAUCCCUGAGCUGACACCCUUCUCCUCCGAGGCCUUUCUGCUAUUGCUGAAGGUAUUGCAAUUUUCUCGCCAAGUUUUCAUGGCAGUGCCAAACAGCUAGUUCCUCUUAUUAAGUGGUCACCAUCCUAAUAUGCAUUUUGGUCACAGUUGUAUGAAAAGGACUGAAAAUAGACAGCUGAGGUCCUUUGGGUCCAGCAGAUCUAAGGCAAUAGUGGAGUGUUUUGGUUUGGUUUAUUUGUUUACUUUUCCAUCUGUAUGGUAUAUUCUAAAACAGAAUUUUAUUUUUAAAAUGGAAGUUCUUUACCAGAUAAUACCUUAUUUACACUCCUGAAAGAUAGCCAUUAUUCUGUAUAGUUCCAAUUAUCUGUAUUUUAUGUCAUAAAAUUGACAGGAUGGCUGCUGCGGAAUGUGAGUGUCACAGGGAAUAGAUUGUUACUCUUUUCCCCUGGAGUUUUCCCUUUGGAUUCCAGCUGUGGCCUUUUAUAAUGUGCCUUCACUUUACCUGUUUGCCUUAAUCUCAUCAGUUUUGCUCUCCAGGGUGGUUAAUAAAGCGCAACACUUGGCAUUUUUUUAUGUUUAAGAAAAAAAACAGUAUUUUAUUUAUAAUAAAAUCUGAAUAUUUGUAACCCUUUA